AUGUCUGAAUACUUGACUAAUGUCGUAAAAUGUUUACAAUUAAUUUCUAAGGAAAAUGUAAACAUUAAUGUAAUUAAACAAACUUUAGAAACAUUAUUGAGAACGGUUGAAAUUCGAAAGGAUGGAUCUCAAAAAUUAAUGAAUGAUUAUAUUUCUUUUUAUAAUGAAUUAAAUUAUGAAAAAGGACUAUUGAUCACUAAUAUGAUAAUUGGUAGUUUACUAGUUCUCUUCAUAGCCAUGAUUUAUACCGUUUUACAGUAUAAUAAGAUUACUGAUCCUGAAAAAAAUAUAUUCAAUAUUUUGUCAUAUAUUAAUUUUUGCAAACCCAUUAAUUGUGAUAGAGGCAAAUGUAGUAAUCAUAUUUUGGGUGAUAUGAAAGGCGCUCGUUAUUUCUCGGCAAAAGAUGGUUAUGAAAUUUGUGGAUUUUUCUUAGAAGAGAACCCAGAUUCAAAGGAUAAUAGCAAAUGUUCCUCUGAAGAGAAAAAUGAAAGUUUAGAACACUUCAUUAUUCGUAUUUUUAAUGAAGAACCAUCCUAUUGUGAAAAAAGGAAUCGUCAGAUUUUGCAAAAUAACGAAACGUUUUACGAAAUUUGUGAAUACUUACUAGAGAAUAGAAAAAAUGGAGGUUCGACAGAUUUAAAUGAUAAAAAAGAAAGUGAAAAUAAUUUGCAAAAUGCCAUAUCAAUUUGUGAACAAUGGCAAAUUG